AUGAAGCGACGACAAAAGAGGAAACAUCUGGAAAUUGAAGGGUCCCAGGAAGGCGAUGAGGAGGCAAGAGGAAUUUCAAAGUCACAAGAGGAUGUCUCUCAACCUGAAUCUACUGGAGUGACCAAAGCCCAAAGUCCAGGGGUAGGGGAGGUCUCCUCUGCCUCAGAAUACUUCUCCUGUGUUUCUUCUCCACACAAGCUCAUCCAUCGUAGUAAGGGAACCCGGAAACAACAACAAGACAGAACCAAGCCUAGAUCAUCCCAAGACCAGGUUCCCGAAGGAGCGGCGACGAACAACCUCUCACAACAGGCCUCCUCAUCCUGUCCAUCCUACAAGACUUGUGUGUCCUCUCUGUGCACAAACAAAAGGGGGAAGGGGAUGAAAAUAUACUACAUGAAGGUGAAAAUGAAAAAAGGUGUGGCCAUCUCCUGGGAAACGAAGGAAACCUCAGAGUCCCCGGAGAAGCAGCCAAGGAUGGAAGAAGCCACCCUUCCCGAGGGUGUGUGGGUAGGUGCUCCACCCUCUGAUGUGUCCACCAGAAACCUCCUGUCGGACAGUGAACCCAGUGGGGAAGAGAAAGAACACGAAGAAAAGCCAGAGUCAGACAGCCCACCGGCGUCACCCACGGUGGAAGAGAGACCCAGGGCCAAGACCCCUGACUGGCUGGUGACCAUGGAGACUGGCUUGAGGUGCAUGGCCUGUUGCCGCGUCUUUACCACCAUGGAGAACCUCCAAGAGCACGUGCAGUUUGGGAUCAGGGAGGGCUUCAGCUGCCACGUCUUCCACCUCACCAUGGCGCAGCUGAUUGGCAAUGCGGAAUCAGAGAGCAUCCAGGGAGGAGGAGAGGAGGAGGAGGAGGAGGAAGAAGACAACGCCGAGGAGAAAGAGAGAAGCAAGGAAAAGACGUCCGAAGAGCAGCAGUCCACAGAGGAAGACGGGGCGAAGAAACCCUGGAGCCAGUGUCCAGGCUGUAUGUUUGAUUCUCCAAAAGACAGAACAACUGAGAUUCCUGGGUUAGAAGAUCCUGGAAGAUGGGGUGGCCUUCUCUUGGGAGAGGAAGAAGAAGGGACCGCCCAGACAGCAGCAGAAGCAGACAACGCCACUUGUGUCAAGGGAGACGAAAAGAGCAGCACACAGUCCGACACAUAA